ACUGUAAAUCACCAAAGCUGUAAUAUCGCCGAGGCUUGUUUUUCUAGUACGCAGCAGGCGCUCAACAGCGAUGGAUUGAUGGAUUUGGAAUCCACAAGGAUACAAGAAUAAAAAUGUACGACUUCUUCCAACGCUAAAACAUUAGGAACGGAAAAGAAAGGAGUGGGUGAGUUUAAAGCGCUUACGUUUAUCCGAGUCAAUGUUUACCUACACACUCAGGUGAAGACAGACCUGUAAACAUUGUGCGCUGCCGCCCGAAUCAGACUGUUUUCUUCAACUAAUAGAUUAGCAACUAAUAUUUUCAUGAUUUUAUCCAGUUUCUUAAUAACAAUAAGUGCGAUUGCACCUUUAUUUAAUGUAAUGUGUUGUAAAUAGAUUAUGAUUAAGCAUGCAUAAGCAUGCACGGCAGCAUCGUCGCGAUUUAUCAAUAAACGUGUAUUAAAAACGUCCCAAGAACGUAAUAUAUGCUAUUUAGAAAGAUCGGAUGUAGCAUCGGCUUAUGUAUUAUGUAAAGAAUAUAAAUAAAUAAUGUGGGCAGUGGGCUGUAACCUACUCUAAGAGCAGGAAUAACGAUACAUGCAUCUGAUUGCAAUAUUAAAAGCAUCGCAAGCCACACUGUGCACUUCUGAGAACAGAUGCAGGGCCAGAUGUCUUCCAAUAACAACAUCAUGUCCAAGAAUAUCCGGACGGAGUACAUGAAGAAGUUCAGAGAUCCCAAAUGGGAGACGUUCUCCAAAAGUUAUGAGGACUCUGUGAAGUACAGACUGACGCGGAGGCUGAUGGAGCAGACACACAGACCGUUAUUCGGGGACAGAUGGGAAAGCGGGUCCGACUCGAGCGGCAGAUCCAGUCCCAAACUGAAAGACGGGAACGUCUUGAAUGCCAGACACUACAGCUCCUCAUCAGAGUCCAGGAAGGAGAACGCAGAGGUGCUGUCCUCCUGGAAGCCACAGGUGAAUGGAGAAGUUCACACAGAUACGAGUUCAGCCGGGGAAAGCUCUCUUCCCUUGGAAAAUGGUUAUAAAGAUGCAACUCCUAACGGACCAUCAGAAUCGAAUCUAAAACGGCGACAGAAGCACCGUGCGCCCCGUUCAGAGCCCUGCUACCCUGAUAAAGAGCUGGAUAGUGACGAAUCUCAGCUAUCUCUGUCAAGAAAACCAUCCAGGGCCAAGAGCCAACCACCGGGCAGCAAGGAGCGGACGUCCAACCGUGAGAACAGACGGUCUUUCAUCCGUCAUGACUGGGCAGAGAGGCACAUUGAGACCAGGGACAGAAGGACACCAAAUAUGAGAGUGUCAGUGUCCGCUGGAGAGAUACAUCGGGCAGACGUGGGCGUCCAGACAAGAAGAGAGGUCAGAAAAGGUGGACGAUCAUCAGACCGGCGGCGGGCGAGAUCAGCUGACCUGGAGAAGUCCAGAAGAUCAGCACUGAGUGUGAGGGACGAGCGCUGGACGACCGAGUACAUGAGCUGCUUCUCUGCUCGACUGAGGUAGAGCCGUUUCUAUCACUGAUGACGCCGCAAGAGAAACAUCCAACAACUGAACGAAAAGAUACAUGCACUCCUUUAAAUUCAAUAUGAUAUUCAGAAGUUCUUUAUAGAAGAAUAUAAAGAUUUCUUUCUGAUGCUGGUUACAAUCACUUUGUCAUGAAUGCAUUUAAGGACUACUACACCAAAACACGUCGUAUCUCAAAUACUUUGUUUUUAAUAUUUGUAGUAUCUUGUUUCUAUUUAUUAUUUAUUAGCUUUUAAUGAGCAUUUUAUGUCUGGUGUUCAGCGUUUGGUGGGUAUAUUAGAUGGCUUCUGAUCUUUUGUCAUGAUUUUUAACAUGGGCUGCAGGGAUUUAAUGAUCAAAUUAUAUUUUUGUGUGGACCAAACAUUUCAUGUAAGGAUGAGUGGUUUGUUUCUGACUAUGAUUGUUUAUUCUGAUCUUUCCAGAAUGUUAUUGUCAUUACGAUGUCAGCUGUAAAACGUACCGUUCUUCUGAAUGUGUUUGGUUUGUUUUAACUAAGGCCGUGUUAGGAGUGCAGUGCUGUGCAAGUGUUUCUUCCUCCCUGAUCACCAACAAUCAAUUUUAAUCCACUUUUUGCACAAAGAUGUCAAGUAAUGAAUAUUUCAGAUGGAAAAAAUAAUUGAGGGCUAGUUGAAGGCCAUCAUUUGAUUCUUGUGAAUGUGAUUAUUUAUCCUGCAUUAAGUUAUUAGAGCACAGAUCUGAUAUGAAAAAUACACAUUUAGCUUUUCUGUCAUAUUUAAAAGGCAUCAGCACUGAUGUCAUAGACACUUUGAAUGCGCCGUGACCCUUUACUUUGCUCUUUAUCUUAAUAACUGGUUGCCUGUUAUCUGGACUUUUUUUAUUCUCUUAUACACUUGCUUAUCAUUUCAUAAAAGGAAACUCAUUGGGUUUCAGGCUACUUACAUUGAUGUUCUUGAAUGUAGUAUAUGAAAUAUGCUAACUUGUUGAUGUUCCCCCGGCGAUGUUUACAUUUUGCCCACUGUAUUUGUACAUCUGAACAUGCACAGCUAGAUAUAUUUUCACCUGCAGAACAGAAGUACUCUUAAUGCACUGCAAUGAAUAAACUCUGUUUGAGUAA